CAAUGCGUUUGUUCUGUGAUGAGAACAACGUCCAAGUCACUUAGAUCUCUAAAUCCCCACUUACCCACCAAAGGAACACAAGAAUCGAAUCAGAAAGUAGAAUACGCACAGAAUUCUGGGUUUUGUCACUCUCACCACUGUUGGAAUUCUAUUCCAGUGAGCGUGUAAAAAGGGUCUUUUCUUCAUCAACUGUUAACACCAUUGAAUCAGUGAGGGAGAGUGAUUAAAGUAAGAGUUAUGUUUUGAUUUUGUUGACAAAGAAGAGCUAUAUUCCCCCCUGUUACAGCCUCCUUGGCUUUUCCUUUUUAUGCAUACAAAGAUCUACCAGGAUUUAGAUGUCAAUGUUAGCCCAGAAACAAACAGAGGAAGCCAUAGUCUCCAACUUUAGCGAGACUGAGCAGCAUAUUCCAACCAGAGAUGAAGAAAAUGAAGAACAACAAUCAUUGUUCAACGUUCAGAACCUCCUCUGGCACGGUGGCUCCGCUUGGGAUGCCUGGUUCAGCUGCGCCUCCAAUCAAGUAGCACAAGUGUUGUUGACACUGCCAUAUUCAUUCUCUCAACUGGGUAUGCUGUCUGGGAUUCUGCUCCAAGUUUUCUAUGGACUGAUGGGUAGUUGGACUGCAUAUCUCAUCAGUGUACUCUACAUGGAGUAUAGAAGCAGGAAGGAGAAAGAGAACGUCAGCUUCAAGAACCAUGUCAUUCAGUGGUUUGAAGUCCUGGAUGGGCUGUUGGGUCCUUACUGGAAGGCAAUAAGACUUGCCUUCAACUGCACUUUCCUCUUAUUCGGAUCUGUCAUCCAACUUAUAGCUUGUGCAAGCAAUAUUUACUACAUCAAUGACAAAUUGGACAAGAGGACAUGGACCUACAUAUUUGGAGCUUGCUGUGCAACUACAGUUUUCAUACCCUCCUUUCACAACUACCGCAUUUGGUCUUUUCUAGGCCUUGGGAUGACCACUUAUACGGCUUGGUACUUGGCUGUUGCUGCCCUCAUUCAUGGCCAGGCUGAGGGGGUGACGCACAGUGGUCCAACAAAACUAGUGCUUUACUUCACCGGAGCCACCAACAUUCUCUACACCUUUGGCGGACAUGCCGUGACUGUAGAAAUCAUGCAUGCAAUGUGGAAACCUCAAAAGUUCAAGAACAUUUACUUGUUGGCGACGCUUUAUGUGUUUACCCUUACCCUCCCGUCAGCGGCAGCCGUUUAUUGGGCAUUCGGGGAUGAGCUCCUCAACCAUUCGAAUGCCUUCUCUCUCCUCCCAAAGACCGGCUUCCGUGACGCUGCGGUCAUCUUAAUGCUUAUUCACCAGUUCAUAACGUUUGGGUUUGCUUGCACGCCACUCUACUUCGUGUGGGAGAAGGUGAUCGGGAUGCACGACACAGAAAGCAUAUGCCUCAGGGCGUUGGCGAGGCUGCCGGUCGUAAUUCCGAUAUGGUUCCUAGCCAUCAUCUUCCCAUUCUUCGGGCCCAUCAACUCUGCUGUUGGUGCUCUUUUGGUUAGCUUCACAGUUUACAUCAUCCCUGCUUUGGCCCAUAUGCUCACCUACCGAAAGGCUUCAGAUCGACAGAAUGCUGCAGAGAAGCCUCCCUUCUUCAUGCCAAGCUGGACUGCAAUGUACGCAUUCAACGCCUUCGUGGUGGUGUGGGUUCUAGUGGUGGGGUUCGGGUUCGGAGGAUGGGCAAGCAUGACUAACUUCAUCAAGCAAAUCGACACUUUCGGCAUGUUCGCCAAGUGCUAUCAAUGCAAGGCUCCAACACCAGCACCAGCUGCAGCUAUGCACCAUUAACCUAAAUUCA